GUUUGGAGCGGAGUGCAUCGUUAUCUGUUGGUGCAGCACUACUUCAAACGAAAACGGCGACUACUACAUUAAUGCAACCAUCUCGGCCCUCCUCCCAAACCUGCAAGCAUCGACGCUGACUGAGCCGAGCUCGGAGAAUAUCCUAGUUAACAACAGAAGCUGGGAGGGUUAUGAGGAUGGUGGGGAACCAGAUGAGAAAGAAAGUAGCACUUACGACGGUACUGAAACUAGGCGCAGCAGUCGACGCUGGUCUAGUUUAUCCGGUCACACCAAUGAGGACUUGCGUCCGGACAUCGAAUGGCAAAACCCCCUUACUGGGACAAAGACCACGAAUGAAGUUGAAGAGACUUGUGGCGAAGAACUAAUAGACGAACUCUCUCACCUAGGGGAACGCCAGAAGAUGGGUAUCCAACAGAUCAAAGAAUUUUUGUUGGCCGAUGUAAGUUCCAAAUUCCUUUUAGUCGCUCACAUUUUGCGUCUGCUAAAGUCGUUAUAA